AUGGUGCGUGAAAAAGUGAUGUACGUGCUGGUCACCCUCUUCGCCGUGACUUUGGCAUCGGUUUUACAUCCAUCGCAACCCAAAGGUAGAAAGUUAUUCGGCGGCUACCGAAUAGCACCAAAGGCCUGCCGGCCGGAGAAUCCAGGUCGGCUAAAGUCCGAGGCGCGCGCGAUCUGCAUGUUCAACUACGAGUGCAGCAGCCACGGGGGCGAGGUCGUCGGCACGUGCAUGGACGGCUUCCUCUUCGGCGCCUGCUGCCAACUGCCCGCCGGCGCCCACGACAGGACCACCACCACCACCACCGACGCCCACCACGCGGUCGACCACGUCCCCGAUCUGCCGAUUCUCCUCAACCCCGACGGCACGCCCCUCGGCCCGACCACCGACAAGUCCCAACUGACCGAGGACACCUUCUCCACCCUCCUCGGGCCCGACGACGCCCUCGACGACCUCAAGCUCCCCUCCCUCAUCGGCCACUCGGGCAACGACAUCACCGACGAGCCCCACCGGGUCACGCCAGCCGUCAACCCCGUGACCACGCUCCUCAGCCCCGACCAGAUCCUCCAGGUGGCCGACCCCGUCGACCAGCUCCCGGCCCUCUUCUCGCACGGCUUGCCCAAGAACAACGGCACCGCCAGCACCCAGAACGCCAACGGCACGCUCGUCGACACUAUUCUCCUGAACGAGAACGGCACGGCCAUCGAGCACGGCUCGGACGACCCGGACGAGCUGUUCCGGCCCACGAGGCUGGGUGAUACCCACACCCCGUCCAUGGGGUUGGAGCCCAAGACGGCCACCACGAGGAUCAAUGGGUACGAGGAGAAGAGCACGAGGCCGAUGCAAUCGGUGGAGGCGACGACUCCGUUGGGCUUGAGCACGAGGAGCGGGGAGGACGAGGAGCUGGUGCGGGUGCCGACCAUCACGUACGCCGGCCAACCGGCCAACGAGAAGAAGCACGAGGAGACGGACCGGGAGGAGAUUGCCAUCAACCACAUCAUCUCGAUACUCAACGACACCAAGACCACCAAGGCUGCUUUGGGUUCGGGUGGGCCGACCACGACGUCGUACAGCUACGGCAACAGCUACGGCACGGGUGCAUCGGUGCCGACGCUCUUCAAGAUCAUAACGACGCACUCCCUGCCCCCGAGCACCACCGAGCCCCUGCCGAUCAUCGUCAGCAGUUCGUCACCCACUUACGGGCCGUCCUCCCUCUCCCCGAGCUACUACCACUACAUCACCGACUCGGGCCAACUGUCGAGCAGCCCGUACUUCCCCUCCUCGGGCUCUCCACCGCUGAGCAGUCCGUACUUCCCCUCCUCGAGCUCCCCACCGCUGAGCACCUCGUACACCGGAAGCAGCAUCGGGCCCACGACGAACCCACCCGCACCGACCGUCAUCGUCCUCGGACCCCUAGGAACCGAGUACGCCAGCAGCACCCCCACCCCCGGGCCAAGGCCCAGCAACAUCAUAAGGAAGCCCCCCGGCGUGGCGACCACCCUCACCCACAACAUCAGCACCGUCAUCUCGGGCAACAAGCAGGUGCUCUCGGUCAGCUACAUAAGCGUCGACCUCAAGGACGGGACCUCGACGGCUCGGCCCUCCCCCACCGUCAAACGGCCCUCGACCAUCUACACGACCCUGACCACCUGGUCGGAGAAGCCCAGCUUCCACCUCCGGCCCAUCUCGUCGACUACCUCCACCCCACCGCCCAUCACCACCACCACCACCACCACCAACAGCUGCGACGACGACACCCCCGGGCCCGAGGACGUCAACAACAACUUCCCCCCGGUGCGCCACCCCGAGCUCGACUCCGCCCACCAGGACAACAAGCCCGAGAUCGUCAGCGCCGACGAGAUACCCAGCCCCGAGUUCGUCGAGGACGCCGAGCUCGACAACAAGGUCGACGUCUUCGUCAACAAAAUCGUCGAGUCGCUCAAGGACAACUUCGAGAACCUCAAGGACGUCGUCUACAACUCCAAGAACACCACAAGCACCUCGACGAGGAGACCCGCGACGACGCAGCAGCCGACCAAGAGACCGUUCCUCGGGAGCCGGCCAUCCCCCACGAGGAGCAGCACGAGGCGACCGUCCACGACGCCCAAGCCAAGGCCCACCACGCCCCGGGGCAAACCAUCGACCACGACGACCAGGCGUCCCAAACCGGUCAAGAAGAGCCCGACCCCUGCGACCCCGACCACCACCACCACCACCACCACCACCACGACCAUCCAGGAGGCCAGCAAGCCGAUCGAGCCCUCGACCACCACGCCCUUCCCCGAGAUCACUUCCAACGCGGACUUUCGCACCAUAUGCGGGGUGAGGCCGCUGGUGAAGACGGGUCGGAUAGUCGGUGGUAAGGGGGCGACCUUUGGCGAGUGGCCGUGGCAGGUGCUGGUGAGGGAGGCCACCUGGCUGGGGCUAUUUACGAAAAACAAAUGCGGCGGCGUCCUCAUCACCGACAAGUUCGUCAUAACUGCCGCCCACUGUCAGCCCGGGUUUUUGGCGUCCUUGGUGGCGGUGUUUGGCGAGUUCGACAUAUCCGGGGAGUUGGAGUCGCGGCGGAGCCUAACGCGCAACGUGCGCCGCGUCAUCGUCAACAGGGCGUACGACCCGGCUACCUUCGAGAACGACCUGGCCCUCCUGGAGCUCGAGACCCCGGUGCUCUUCGACCUGCACAUCGUGCCCAUUUGCAUGCCCAACGACAACACCGACUACGUCAACCGCAUGGCCACCGUCACCGGCUGGGGCCGUCUCAAGUACAACGGAGGCGUGCCGUCGGUGCUGCAAGAGGUCAAGGUGCCGAUAAUGGAGAACUCGGUGUGCCAGGAGAUGUUCCAGACGGCCGGCCACUCGAAGCUCAUACUCGACAGCUUCAUGUGCGCCGGCUACGCGAACGGACAGAAGGACUCGUGCGAGGGCGACAGUGGCGGACCACUGACUCUGCAGCGAGAGGACGGCAGGUGGAUGUUGGUCGGUACCGUUUCCCACGGCAUUAAAUGCGCGGCUCCCUACUUGCCUGGCGUCUACAUGAGAACAACAUACUUCAAGCCUUGGCUGCACAGCAUCACCGGAGUCUGA